CAACCUUUUGGACGCAUCGUGAUUUUUGUUGCGGCUGUCCUUGCAAAUAUAGGCUCGGCACGGCUUUGCAUAAAAAAAUUAAAGUGAUUUUAGAUAAUUGUUCUAUUUUCGUGUCGUUACUUUAAGUGCUGUUUUGAAAAACGUUAAUUCGAAACGAUGGAAGCUGGAGAUUUCAAGGACUUCGCCAAAGCGAUGACUGAUUAUAUCACGGAAUACUUGGAAAAUAUAAGAGAUAGGCAAGUGGUUCCAUCAGUGAAACCUGGGUAUUUGAGGCCUUUGGUGCCAGAGCAAGCCCCCGAGAAGGCGGAGCCCUGGACAGCAGUGAUGGCCGACAUAGAGCGUGUGGUGAUGUCUGGUGUUACGCACUGGCAUUCACCCCGGUUCCACGCCUACUUCCCCACGGCGAACUCUUACCCUUCCAUCGUUGCUGAUAUGCUUAGUGGGGCCAUAGCCUGCAUAGGAUUUACUUGGAUUUCUAGCCCAGCCUGUACAGAACUUGAGGUAGUGAUGCUAGAUUGGCUGGGUCAAAUGCUGGGCCUUCCCGAGGAGUUCCUCGCUCGCUCCGGGGGAGAGGGCGGUGGCGUCAUCCAGGGCACGGCCAGCGAAGCGACGCUGGUUGCGCUGCUCGGAGCCAAGGCCCGCACAAUGCAGCGCGUCAAGGAGGACCACCCUGAAUGGACCGAAACAGAGAUCUUAUCGAAGCUUGUCGGAUAUUGCAACAAACAAGCACAUUCGUCAGUGGAGCGAGCUGGUCUUCUGGGCGGUGUGAAGUUGCGCGCACUGAAACCAGACAACAAGAGACGGCUUCGGGGUGACAUCUUAAGGGAGGCGAUUGAGAAGGAUAUCAGUGAGGGCCUGAUUCCAUUUUAUGUUGUCGCAACGUUGGGAACCACUUCAUCAUGUACGUUUGAUAAUCUCGAGGAAAUCGGUGAUGUGUGCCAAUCCUUCGACGUAUGGCUACAUGUGGACGCUGCAUACGCUGGCUCUGCUUUCAUCUGCCCAGAAUUCCGCUACUUGAUGAAAGGCAUCGAAAAGGCUGACUCUUUUAACUUCAACCCACACAAGUGGUUGUUAGUGAACUUCGAUUGCUCAGCCUUAUGGCUGAAGAAGCCGCGUUGGAUCGUCGACGCCUUUAAUGUGGAUCCAUUAUAUCUAAAACAUGACCAACAAGGAUCAGCUCCUGAUUACCGUCAUUGGCAAAUUCCACUCGGGCGCCGUUUUCGCGCGCUAAAAUUAUGGUUUGUUUUGAGAUUGUACGGCGUUGAGAACCUUCAAAAAUUCAUCAGAAAACAUGUUUCCUUGGCUCAUCUCUUCGAGAAACUGUGUACUUCUGAUGAAAGAUUUGAACUCUUUGAAGAUGUCACUUUGGGUUUGGUUUGUUUUAGACUAAAAGGCAGCAAUGAACUAAAUGAGGAAUUGUUAAGGCGCAUCAAUGGGCGCGGUAAAAUCCAUCUAGUACCUUCUAAGAUAGAUGACGUUUAUUUUCUAAGGUUGGCAAUUUGCUCCCGAUUUUCGGAAGAAAGCGAUAUUCACUUUUCUUGGGAGGAGGUUAAAGCAUCCGCUGAGGAAGUGAUUAAAAGUUUUAAGCAAUAAUACAAUAAUCGAAAGCAACAUACUUACCUAUCUAAACCUUUUGUAAUAUCUAGUAUUUCAGGGUCUUUGACCAUGUGCACAUUUAGUAUGAGUGAGUGACACAGUCGCGUGUAGGACGCGAAUGUGUGAACUAGUUUUUAAUCAGCCAAGUUCUGAAAAUUCUAUUUGCAUCAAGUACAUGUUCCAUGAAAUUUCAAAAGUUCCUUUCGAUUGUCGAACUAUUUUCAAGUGAAUACCAUUAGUAUUCAUUAUAUUAAAUUGUGUAAAUAUAUCUUGUUUAUUUUGUUAGUAAAAUUUAUCAAUAUUCAUGUGAUAAAGGAUAUUUAUAUAAUUUAUCGGGUAUUUAUUAUUGCGUUUAAGGAAAUUAUUUUUUAGUUACAGUUUUUAAAAACUGCAUAAGUACGCUUAAAAAUAAAUAUCUUUUUCUUUCUUAUUGUUCAAAAACUGGUAAUCCAAUCCAAAUACGACUGAGACCUAGAUAAUUUAAUCGAAACGGUGUUUACUAGGUAUAUCAGUAUGAAUAAACUUAGUACCUCGGGACUUUGAUUCGAAAUACCUUUGAUUUGUUUUAACUUUUGGAUGGAUGAUUCAAAUAAGUAUAAGUCCCAUAUAAGUACUAAGUGAACAAGACUUUCUCUAAGUAUUUAAUGAGAUAUAAAAACCAUCAAUAUAAAACAUAUUGCUUAUAAAAAGUUUGUUGCUAUAAAUUAAUAGGUACAUGUCUGUGGUACAGAGUAAAGUUCUAAGUAUUCCUUAGUACGAACAUAUAGGUACGUAACUACUUUAAUAUAAUAUAUCAAAAUUACCUAUACAUCUAUUUAUUGUCAAGAGUUAGUUAGAUACAGUUAAAGUUGUAAAUGUAUAAAAAUAUUAUCUGAUCCCUGAAAUCUAAUAUUCAAGUGGAUCAGUUUUAUUUUAAUUCUUUUCUAUUCCAUUCUGAUCCUCAUCCCCACUGAACGGGGGAUCAGAUAACCGAAUAGAAAAUAUAUCAGAGUGGAUAAGAUCUGACAAAACUUAUAAUACUUAGUAAUGAAGAGUGGAUCCGUUUGGGAGAUCAGACCGGAAUAACUCAAAUAUUUUUAUACAUUUACUUACAUCGAAGUUAAAUUAAAUUACAAAUUUGUGUCUAUAUUGUUAGUGUAGGUAUUCAUGAAAUCGUUUGAACCAAGUUACUAGGUCGAUAAUGUACUCUUUAGUGGUAGGUAAAACACAUUUGUGUUCAAAAAUCUAUGACUAAGUAAGUAAUACGAGUUAUACCUACACUUAAAAAGUAUGGUUUUUUACUCGUUUGUAGUAAGUAUUCUUUGUUUGUUAUUAUUUUAAAUUGCAUUGUUUGUUAUAAAUUAUUGAUGACUUCUUAUUGCAUAAUAUCUGCAUAUUUAUAUCUAGCUGUGCCCGCGACUUAGUCCGUGUGAAAUAGUUAUUUUGGUCAUCAUUUAAUUUUGCAAACAACCUCUUCAGCUUUAUAAAUUAUAGUUGUUACCCAUGACGUUGUCUGCGUUAUUUUUUGUUAUUAUUUUAGACAAUUUAGUUUUUAAGUUUUUAAAAUAACAUUAUUAUUUUAAAGUACUUCUGCGUAAACAAAUGAAAAACUUAAAAAACGCUUUUCUUACAUACACAAGCUUCUCCAAAUUACCUUCGUAUAUCGAAUAGUGUUUUUGUUACAUACUCGUAUUGAAUAUAGAGACCUACAUAUUUCGGUAGAAAAAUAUUUUUAAAACACUCAAGUGAUGACAUAGAAAGACAAUUUUGGACUUAUUGCAAUAUUAAUAAUCCUAAUCUGUAAUACAUUUUGUCUAUUUACUACAUAUGUAUUUGGCUUAUACUAACGUGUAUAAAAAUAUUUAACAUAAAUUAUCAUGUAUGUUACCCGAUUCUGCGGGAUAGAUUGCUUUUGUAAAAAUGUUGACUUAAA